AUGACGACGAACAUCAGCAAGAUACAAACAGCCCUGGCAUCAAUCACUCAGGAAACUACGCUCGCUCUCUUUAACCUCAAUCUCGACUGUUCCCUUGUUAAAGUCGAUGCGCCGGCGGAAUACCUCCCAUUUGGAAAUGCAUUGACGAAAUUUCGUCGAAACCAGGCCGAGGUUGGAUCAGCACAUCGUAUUGCGAGGAAGCUAGGCAUGCUCUUUGAGGACAUCGUACCACAAACUCCAGAGCUUAUAAAGGCCUACGGAAUCAGAGCAACUGAGAUCAUAGAAUUCCAUGAUAAACAACUAUCCUCUAAUCCAGGUGGUAAAUCCGACUAUGGCCCAUUUACACCCUAUGUUGGUGUGGAUGGAACAUCUAUUUGGGCGGCUGCAACAUCUAGUGGGGCUGCCAUUGCCAUGCAUCUCCUGGCCUGUCUCCUCGGAGUUGCAUUCACGGCUGAAGAAGCAAUCGCGAUAUGGGUACAAAUCGUUGAAGCUAGGAAGGAAGAGGUCUUGAAAUCCGAUCCUGGCGACAUAUAUGGUCUUAGAACCUUAGCGGCGUCUACUUGGGAUAUAUCUCGACAAGAUCUUGCCAAUUGGGACGCUAGCGCCCGGGCCUGGAUAAGGUCAGCUAAUACAGCUAAAGAGCUACAAUGCUACCAAUUGCGUCUUAUAAUUGACAACAUAAAUCUCCCAGUCCAUACGUCGUUAGAUGCGUAUAGGAGUGUUAUCGAAACAUGGCAGACUUGUUUGAAAAUGAUGGAUGCUCUGGUUCAAGGGAAUGGGCAGGAUGUCCAGAAUGGCAGCCUUUUUGUUGCCUUCCGAGCUUGGCAUAUCUUUCCGGAUUUGAUUCUACUUAAGAACCAGAAGCAUAUCAAGCAAAACGACCCUCUAGUGAAACAUGGUGGGGUUGUAACCAUUGGGCUUGAGCGCGCGGAUAGCCAAAAUACAAGUGGUGUGAACUGGUCAGUCUCGUUGUCGCACCUGCAAUUUUAUGGGAAUGUCGAAAGACGUGAAGGGUAUUUAAACAGUACCAAAGAACGGGUAUCUAUCCCCGAUGUGUGGGCGUUCUUACUAGGCUUUUGCUUCGGGUUCUUUGGUAUCAGCAUGAACCAUCUCGAGCGGAAACUUAGAAUUGUUAUUGCAACAUCCGAUAUAGUAGUCGAUUGGAUGCGAAAAACGUUCCCGGCGAAUGACGAUGGGCCAUUAGUUGAAACUAGUUGGAUUCACAGGCUGAACCAGGCAAGCAACAGGUACUUUCGAUGUACUGAUGAAGAACGAAAACGUUUCCGACAGCUAAUGGCCCUUGGCCAUAAAUCCUAUCGACAAUUUUGCCAGACAAGUCUGUCACUUGGAGAAGCAGCUCUCGGGGAAGUGCUUUUGCACCUUUUGGAAUAUCAGAGCAAUACACUCUUAAAGCUUUUAGAGUACUUUACGAAUAAUAUUCCCUAUCUGUUUAUGAAGGUUGGGUAUGAAACUAAAUCGAUUUGGGAUCAAAGGUGGAGAAUACAAACGAUUGAAAUAGGAAGCGUACCAGAUACUACAGAACUAACUUAUUACUUACAGAAAGUUCAUGUUCCCAUAAUGCAGUGCGAUAUGGCCAAAACACCCAGGCUCGUGAAAGGUUUCAGCCCGUUACCUGAAGUACACCGACUGAUUCUCGAAGCCAUAUUCGGGGCAUUCGAUUUUUGUGUGGUAGAUUCAAUGGAUCAUCCACGUCUCCAGGACGACUCGUCGUCUCGAGUAAUAUAUGUUAUGCUUUGUGAACAACCACGCUCUUGGGCUGCUGCCCAGCAGGUGUUUUUUCAUCCACCAGCUAAAAAGCCGUUGGAUAUUUCUACUGUUGAAUUUCUCCUUCAGGAGGGUCUAGCUCAAAAAGAGUCCCUACUGAACGUACUCGGCAAAUGUUUAUGCGCUUUUGAACAUGGGAACGGGUUUCAAUAUUUUCGAGAUAUGUGCGCAGUCUCCAGCCUUUAUGAGAAAUACGAUGUUCCCCUUAUUGAUCUAUCUCACCUUGCUACUUGUUUCACUGAUCUAUACCCAAGGAAGAGUAUAUUUCAGCAACAGCAAGUUCGAAUUCAGGACCGAAAGCCUUUCGCCCCAUAUAUGACUCCCAUGUGGCGAGAGAUACUCUUCCCUAAAAAAACAACACAGCUAGACGCUUUUCAGUGGAUACAUUACUUAGAAUCAAAAGGUCCAUGGAUCAAGGACAUACAUUCUCAACUCAUAGCUAUUUCUUCUGAAGAUUCUUUUUUUGUAGCCUCUCAGUUUCUGCAGGAUCCUUCUUCCUCCAUCACCAACCCACCAACUAUUAUCAGACUGCCAGGAAAUAUCGGACGGCCUGGUGUCGUACUGCUUGUCGCCCCGAAAAGUCUGCGGCAUCCGAACCACGAGAAUACGCUGCUCGAAGAUGCACCCUUUGACGGAGGGCUCAUCGAUUAUUUUAGAGACACAACCCUCCAUCUCACAUUGACUGGCUAUGAGUUGCCUUUGGAGCUUGUGGGGAGGAGUGGUGCACGGCAUCAUGAAACUUGGAUAUUCGAGGCUGCAACAUCUGUUCAUGCGGCUGGGAAAUGGAUUGGAGAUAUCAACCCUCUCGAGCUCUACUACACCCCUUCACUCCAUAGACUGACUAGCUUAAACUUCGAUCCCGAAGUGUCAGCAGAAAACAUUGCCUCAAUGACUGCAAACUGCCCCGCUUGUGGGAGGGCGGACGGAAAUUACGAAUCGAUCGUCCAAAUUAAAGAAGGUAUCCACGAGGAUCUUACGUCAAUAGAUUGUUGGGGAGAAUUUUUUCACCGGCCUUCAAACCCUACGGUCUUCCGUGCAAAAAACAACUGGGCGGCUCGCCUUGCAGCCCUGUGUCUUUCUAAGAAAAUAAAAGCACCAGUUGUUCCUUUACACCCCAAAACUUGCAAGUGUAAAGUUGAAUGGCUCUUAAGUAAUCCCAGUCCGCAUACAUAUGAAUUGGGCUCCAAUGAUGACUGGGUAUCCAAAGUCGAAGAAGCGGCGCACGCAAGUCUACCAUUCCUCAUGCGCCCAGGGAAACCCCCUAUUAAACACUACUAUCCUAUAUAUCUCCUUUAA